UUAGAUCUAAAUAUCCAUAGAUUCCGUUUGUGUGUGAAACAGGCAUUGUAUAUAAAGGAACAGCGUCUAAAAGGAAAACGCUCUCUCUCUCUCUCUCUCUCUCUCAAUCAUCUUCUACUACUUCUUUCUCUCCACAGGCGUGGCUUUUUUGCUUUCAUUGCUCUCUCUCUCUCUCUCUCUCUCUCUCUCUCUCUCUGUGUCAAAGACAUCAAGCACCCAUCAAUGCCCAUGCUUUGCUUUCUAUCCUCCUCAUUUGCCCCCCUGACACUGUGAGGGAGCAAACAGAACACAAACACCCCUUGUCUUUCAAAUGUCUUGCUUCUUUCACAUACAAUCAUGCUUGCCUCCAUUAACACCUCUUACUUUCUCUCUCUGUGAAGCAGACAACAAAGAGAAAUAAUUGAUAUCUUUCCUGUUUGGCUGUUUCCCUUCUGUAUAAAAAGGCAUGGAUAGGUGGGAUAAACCGGGACGAGAAGAUCGGCACGGACGCCGGAAAGAGAACCCAUCUUUCUCGUCCACUCUUCUCGACGCAAUUUACCGGUCCAUCGACGAAGGGCACGGCGAAGAAAGAGAAAAGGAGCUCAUUCUCUACAGAGAAAGUACCAUGAGGAAGAAACAGAGCAGCGGCCAGCUGAAAGAGCAAGAAGAAGAAAUGGCGAGCUUUCGACGAGCAUGCAUGAUCGAGAAGUGGAUGGACAAGAAAGUUAACGAAAAGGUCGUCGUCCGCCGAAACUCCACGGCGGAUUUCGAUAGAAAAUCGCGAAACGACCGCGGUUUUCAUCGUCUGUUGCAGAAUUCGAGCUCGAGCUCUUCGGAGUCCAGUUCCGGAGGGGGGUUCUCGUCGUCGGAGUCGUCUGAAUCGGUUUAUGCGUUGAAAUCAAGGUCUUCAUGCUACGGUAUGCAGCGGCCGAAGCCUAUUCGGACCAGUUUUUCUGGCCAGAAUCCUCAAUCGGAAAAGCCAAAGCACGAGAACGGCUUCGUGAAGACCAAAUCCAAGGCCUUGAAAAUCUACGGCGAUCUGAAGAAGGUGAAGCAGCCGAUAUCGCCGGGCGGACGCCUCGCAAGCUUUCUUAACUCUCUUUUCACUGCAGGAAACGCGAAGAAGGCAAAGAUGUCGUCGUCGGCCUACGAAACCAGUUCGGAGAGAAAAUCCAAGUCUACCGCAACGUCUACAUGUUCUUCCGCUUCUUCGUUUUCACGGUCUUGUCUAAGCAAUACGCCUUCUUCGAGAGGACAAUUCAGCAAUGGCGGCGGCGUGAAAAGGUCGGUGAGGUUUUGCCCGCGGGUUAGCGUGAUUGUGGACGAGGAUUGCAGGCCAAAGGACGCGGCCGAGAUAAAAUGUUAUGUAAUGGGAGCGAAUUAUCGGGUUGAGGAAGUCGCCAAGGAUUUGUUCAAGAGUUAUCAGAAAGAGAUCAAGGAAGACUUGCAUAUGAAAGACGUUCUUCAAGAAGAUUCUGAUGAUGAUGAUGCCGCCAGUUGUUCAAGCUCCGAUCUGUUCGAACUGGAUAAUCUUUCGGCCAUCGGGAUCGAGAGGUACCGCGAAGAAUUGCCCGUCUAUGAGACAACACACUUCCAUACUAAUCGAGCCAUUGCCAAUGGCUUACUACUGUAAUUUCCAAAUAACUCGGAAGUUUUUUUUUUUUUUUUUUCCUUUUCAAUGGUUUUUAUUUAGCCUUUUUAAUCAAUGGUAUGGGGGUUUACUCGAGACAAUAAUAUUUAUGUUAUUGUAUAA